ACCAUCCAAAGUCCAUUACUGAUGCAAUAACAAUCUCUAAACCACGGAAGAAGUUGUACUCCCAAGAUUGAUUUGUGUCGUAAGUUUUUAUCUUUUACAAAAUAACUCAAAAUCAUAUUUAUGUAAGUCUAAUCAAUGGUAUAUUCUAUGGUUUAUCAACAGUAAAUUGAUAGAGAAUUUCAUAUACUGCAGUGAUUCAUUUUGUUCCAUUAAAAAGGCUUGUUCUUGUUCUUAUCAGUCCAGCUUUGUCAUCAUGUUAUGGAUCCGUAGAACCCAAAGUAUACUGUUUUUACUGUUUAUGAGUCCUUUAGUUGAUCUGUGAUAGACAUUAUCAGGUAUCUGCUGCUCAUAACAUAUUCAUAGUGUGUAUUAUUUAUCUUUUAGCUCUUAUUCUGUCCCUUCGUUCUUCCCAUUCCAAAACAUUUACAAAUGUUCAGAGAGCUACACUGAACAAAAAUAUAAACGCAACAUGUAGUGUGGGUCCCAUGUUUCAUGAGCUGAAAUAAAAGAUCCCAGUCAUGUUUCAGCAUGAUAAUUCACGGCCCCAUGUCGCAAGGAUCUGUACACAAUUUCUGAAAACUGAAAAUGUCCCAGUUCUUCAUUGGCUUGCAUACUCACCAGACAUGUCCCCCAUUGAGCAUGUUUGGGAUGCUCUGGAUCAACGUGUAUGACAGUGUGUUCCAGUUCCCUCCAAUAUUGAGCAACUUUGCACAGCCAUUGAAGAGGAGUGGGACAACAUUCCACAGGCCACAAUCAACAACCUGAUCCACUCUAUGCGAAGGAGAUGUGUCACGCUGCAUGAGGCAAAUGGUGGUCACACCAGAUAAUGACUGGUUUUCUGAUCCAAGCCCAUACCUUUUUUUAAAGGUAUCUGUGACCAACAGAUGCAUAGGCUAUCUGUAUUCCCAGUCAUGUGAAAUCCAUAGAUUUGGGCCUAAUUUAUUUAUUUCAAUUGACUGAUUUCCUUAUAUGAACUGUAAGACAGUAAAAUCUUUGAAAUUGUUGCAUGUUAUGUUUAUAUUUUUGUUCAGUUCUAAUUACAUAAUUAGGCUAUGAUAACUGUUACAUAGUUACAAUGUGUGUCAUAUUUAUUUCCUUCAAUGAAGACGUGUAUGUAUUUCCCUGAAUGCUGUGUAUGUUGUUGUAUAUCAUCAUUUUUGCUCAUUACUUUCAGCCUGUGACUCAGUUACCCUUCUUUCAUAAAUAAACCUAAUUUUGCUUAUGAAUUGCAGACUCGUCUUCAAGGAUGACUGUUUUUCUUCUAUAGUCCAAACAUUGAUCCACUGAGAUCCUAUCAGUCCUAUCAUCAUGACGAAAAGUGUGACUGUCACCUAUGCCUUAUGGGCAAUUGGUGGACCGUUGGGCCUUCAUCACCUGUACUUAGGAAGAGACAGCCAUGCCCUGCUAUGGAUGCUCACCCUUGGGGGCUUUGGAGUGGGCUGGGCCAGAGAGUUCUUUCGUAUCCCUGCAUACGUGGGAGAAGCCAACCGGGAGACAGAAGGAGGGUUAAGAGAUGGGAGAAGGCACCCUGUAGCUAGACCUCCACCUGUGAGCGUUGCCAGAUUUGCUGGUCAGAUUUCCGUAGGGAUCUAUUUCGGAACGGUGGCACUGAUCGGCCUGAACUCACUGAGUUUCUUCUACCUGAUUGUACUGCCGCUGUGUGUGGGCGCCGGGGUCCACCUGGUUUCCAGUGUGGGAGAGCAGACAACUGACCUACACAAGACCCUCAUAGCCUGUGUCAUCACCUCCCCUAUCUUCUAUGGCAGCACCAUCUCCCCUCUGCCCAUCAGUAUCGCUGCCAGCGUCACAGCGUCACAGCACCGCAGGUUCAAAACCCAUCCACCUUCUGGGAGUCAACAAGAACUGGGUAUGUAGACCAUGGCCCAUGAGUUUACAUCUCCAACAAACUAUGUUCCACUAUUACAAUAGGCCAAAGUCCAUCCAAACCUGCCUAUAAAGGCCUUUUACAGCACGUACUAUCUAUAAAGUACUAUUGAUGUUGUUGGCCCCGGAGGCCGUUACUAUAGAAGACAUGCAGAUACUAUUGCUGCGGCUAUAUAAUAAUAAUAAUAAUAAUAUGCCAUUUAGCAGACGCUUUUAUCCAAAGCGACUUACAGUCAUGCGUGCAUACAUUUUUGCAUAUCUAUAGAGUAGUACAAUAUAUUGUCCUUCCUAUGUUUUCAGUCAUAAAAAAACACUAUUUUCUCUUGGUGACUAACGCUGGAUAAACAAUUCUCAUCCUUGUUACUAAUAAUUGUAUCCAUAUGUGUCUCUUUCUGUUGUCUGUAGGUCCUCGUCUGUACCGUUUGGCCCUAGUCUGGCUGGCAUUCUCAGCUCCACUGGGGUACAGUAUCUUCCACAACACCACAGCCACUCUCUACUACCUGUCUGACUGUGUGGCAGCCCUGCUGGAGAUGUUCUGGUUCUUUCCCUGGCUCCGCUCGGUGGUGGAGUAUUUCCUGCUGCUACCCUACAGGUACAACCAUAACCACAACUGACUAGAAACAAACAAACAAACAAACAAACAAACAAAUAUAAGUUUAAGAAGUUGCUGAAUGAAUCUUUUUAGGGAUAGGAUUUUGUUCUUGUGCAUGCGUUUGAGUAUGAACCCAGGAAGGUUAGUCCUGAGGCUGGUGGGAGGAGCUAUAGGAGGACUGACUCAUUGUAAUGGCUGGAAUGGAAUAUAUAGAAUGGAGUCAAAUGUGGUUUCCAUAUGUUUGAUCUGUUUGAUACCUUUCUAUUAAUUCCAUUCCAGCCAUUACAAUGAUUAUGUCCUCCUAUAGCUCCUCCCACCAACUUCCUCUGGUCCGAUGUAUAAUGAGGAUCUUUCAAACCUAAACUGAACUAAACUAAAACCUAUAGGAUACUGGGUGCUUUCACGGGCUGGGGCCCCUCGGAAGAGAGCUGGAGGAAAGUUUUGGAGAUAUUGCUCACAGAGCGCAGUCAGAGGGAGAGAGAGGCACUGCACGUGAGUAUGACUGUGUAACAUUGAAACAUUGAGCUAUAGCAGAGUGGUAUAUACCAUUGAUGCUGCUGCUCCUGGGGUAGUUACUAUAGUGAGAUACAAUUGAUGUGGCUGCCUUUGGUGCAGUUACAAUAGCAUACAUGCAGUCACAUACUAUUGAUGCUGCUGGUUGGCUACAUUUUCUAUAUCUCAAUGAGCAUGCCCUUCUGUGCCUGCCCCAUACUGUAUAUGUCUGUGUUGUGUUUCAGAUGUUGUCAGUGAAUAAGGAUGCUUCUAUGGAGGAGAUAACACGUAGCUACAGAGAGCUGGUGAAGGUGUGGCACCCGGACCACAACCCUGGCAGCAAGAUGGAAGAGGCACAGAAGAUGUUUAUACAGAUCCAGGAAGCCUAUGAGACUCUGCUCAGAGGACAGAAGCCUGAUCAUCGAAAUAAGUGAUUUCCCUCCUAGACCCCUGUCAACUCAAAUGCCAAUGAAGUGGCACAGACUUGGUCGUCCUCUCAGAGGAUCAAUUGUCAUAAUGUAUUUUAUCAAAGUCAAGAAGGUAUACUUUCUAGAUGCAGAUUACAUUUUGUAGUAGCCAGGUUGCUCUCUUUUUUUAUUGAUAUGUAUUUUAUUCGAUUUUCUCACACAAGCAUGUCACACAGUUUCUUAUAACAGGAUUACAGCAGCAUAGCAAUGUUGUAAACAAUUUCAUGUUGUUCGACAGCUGUACAUUGGGGUUGAUGUUAAAACAUAUAUUCUGUAUCCAACCUGUUGAUAAUAGUGACUCCAAUAUUUAGGUUGCUCUCUUAUAAUAAUACAAAUAAAUUGCUGCCAUCUUGUGGUGAAUUGUAGAACGCCAACUAUAAUGAUUGUCAAUUAAUAUAAUAGAAAAAUGCUCUCUAGACCAGUACCCAUACAUCACACCUUUCUGAUUCAAAAUAUAUACUUUUUGAUGCCUCAAUAAAUCUGCUGUUUUCCACAUCUUUAA